AUGUCUCCGCCUCCACUCCACUGUCUCCGCCUCCUCUCCCAUGUCUCCGCCUCCUCUCCCAUGUCUCCGCCUCCUCUCCCAUGUCUCCGCCUCCUCUCCCCUGUCUCCGCCUCCACUCCACUGUCUCCGCCUCCUCUCCACUGUCUCCGCCUCCUCUCCACUGUCUCCGCCUCCUCUCCCAUGUCUCCGCCUCCUCUCUACUGUCUCCGCCUCCUCUCCACUGUCUCCGCCUCCUCUCCACUGUCUCCGCCUCCUCUCCACUGUCUCCGCCUCCUCUCCCCUGUCUCCGCCUCCUCUCUCCUGUCUCCCAUGUCUCCGCCUCCUCUCCCCUGUCUCCGCCUCCUCUCCCCUGUCUACGCCUCCUCUCCAGUGUCUCCGCCUCCUCUCCAGUGUCUCCGCCUCCUCUCCACUGUCUCCACCUCCUCUCCCCUGUCUCCGCCUCCUCUCCCCUGUCUCCCCUGUCUCCGCCUCCUCUCCCCUGUCUCCGCCUCCUCUCCCCUGUCUCCGCCUCCUCUCCCUGUCUCCGCCUCCUCUCCUCUCCCCCUCCGUCUCCGCCUCCUCUCCCCUGUCUCCGCCUCCUCUCCCCUGUCUCCCCUGUCUCCGCCUCCUCUCCCCUGUCUCCGCCUCUUCUCCCCUGUCUCCGCCUCCUCUCCGCUGUCUCCGCCUCCUCUCCACUGUCUCCCCUGUCUCCGCCUCCUCUCCCCUGUCUCCCCUGUCUCCGCCUCCUCUCCCCUGUCUCCGCCUCCUCUCCACUGUCUCCGCCUCCUCUCCAGUGUCUCCGCCUCCUCUCCACUGUCUCCAACUCCUCUCCACUGUCUCCGCCUCCUCUCCACUGUCCCCGCCUCCUCUCCACUGUCCCCGCCUCCUCUCCCUUGUCUCUGCCUCCUCUCCCUUGUCUCUACCUCCUCUCCCAUGUCUCUGCCUCCUCUCCACUGUCUCCGCCUCCUCUCCACUGUCUCCGCCUCUUCUCCCCUGUCUCCGCCUCCUCUCCACUGUCUCCGCCUCCUCUCCACUGUCUCCGCCUCCUCUCCCAUUCUCCGCCUCCUCUCCACUGUCCCCGCCUCCUCUCCCCUGUCUCUGCCUCCUCUCCACUGUCCCCGCCUCCUCUCCCCUGUCUCUGCCUCCUCUCCACUGUCUCUGCCUCCUCUCCACUGUCCCCGCCUCCUCUCCCUUGUCUCUACCUCCUCUCCCCUGUCUCUGCCUCCUCUCCACUGUCUCUGCCUCCUCUCCACUGUCCCCGCCUCCUCUCCCCUGUCUCUGCCUCCUCUCCACUGUCUCUGCCUCCUCUCCACUGUCCCCGCCUCCUCUCCCCUGUCUCUGCCUCCUCUCCACUGUCCCCGCCUCCUCUCCCCUGUCUCUGCCUCCUCUCCACUGUCUCCGCCUCCUCUCCACUGUCCCCGCCUCCUCUCCCUUGUCUCUACCUCCUCUCCCCUGUCUCCGCCUCCUCUCCACUGUCUCCGCCUCCUCUCCACUGUCCCCGCCUCCUCUCCCUUGUCUCUACCUCCUCUCCCCAGUCUCCGCCUCCUCUCCACUGUGUCUACCUCCUCUCCCCUGUCUCCGCCUCCUCUCUCAUGUCUCCGCCUCCUCUCCACUGUCUCUACCUCCUCUCCCAUUUCUCUACCUCCUCUCCCCUUUCUUCGCCUCCUCUCCACUGUCCCCGCCUCCUCUCCCUUGUCUCUACCUCCUCCCUGUGACAGCUCUGUUUGGGAGGUGGUUUCCUAG